UCCAAUUGGAAGGAUAGUUGGCAGCUCUGACUCCCAGCCUGGAUUUUAACAAACGUGAGAGAAAGAGAGGAGUUACAGGGAAACUUAGAGAGAGCAUGAUGAGGCAGGAACUUAACUAGUGCAUCCAGGCAUUGCCCCCUGUCAUACCAUAUCUGUAUAGAAUCAUCUUAACCUACAGCAAAGCAACCAAGCCAGGAAGACACAACAUCAGAAGAUCAGUAGAUGAAAAAGGGGGAAUGCAAGAAUAAACAAUCUGCAGAGCACAAGGGGGAAUCAUGCAAAGUAUUUAGCCAGGACUAAAGCAGCUGCAAAAACAACAACCAGAGACGACUCUUGAGUUCAUACAUAUUGCUGAAACAUCUAAACCCGGUGCCAUGGACUGUCAGAGAGACGAAGAUGCUGGCGGUCAAGGAGGCAGAUUCACCUGGGCGGUGCUGGGAGUAUUUGGCGCCAUGGUGUUGGUAGCCGGAAUUUUUACUGCUUCAUCGCUAGUAUCAUGGAAGACCCAGGUAGAAUCUGCGGUAGCUCCAGUCCAGGUUCUUCGCUUGCCGUAUCACCUGAGGACGAAGCGCUACACUCUGACCCCAGGCUUGCUGAAAUGGGACCAUUACAACCUUACAUACCGAAUUGUGUCCUUCCCAAGAAAUUUAAUCAACGAGAGUGACACAAGAAAGGGCAUAGCGGAGGCGUACCGUAUGUGGAGUGAAGUGACGCCCUUCCACUUCAAGGAGGUCCCUGCAGACCACGAAAGCGAUAUGAAGAUUGGGUUCUAUGGUAUAAACCACACAGACUGUCUGGAGUCCCGUAUCCAUUACUGCUUUGAUGGAACAACCGGGGAGCUGGCCCAUGCCUACUUCCCCCAGACUGGAGAGAUACAUUUUGAUGACAGUGAAUACUGGAUUUUGGGAAACACCAGAUUCAGCUGGAAAAAAGGAGUAUGGCUCACAGAUCUGGUGCACGUGGCGGCUCAUGAAAUAGGGCAUUCCCUGGGGUUGAUGCAUUCUCUCAACAGCAAUGCCCUGAUGCACAUCAAUGCCACACUGACUGGGAAAAAGACAAUCUCCCAAGAUGACAUGUGGGGAAUCUACAGUCUGUAUGGAUGCAGAGACAGAUAUUUAGUGUGUGCCAGCUGGGCACAUAAAGGGUAUUGUGACUCCAGGAGGAAACCUAUGAAGAAGUAUUGUCCAUACAGCUGUGACUUUUGCUACGACUUUCCGUUCCCAACAAGGAUGCCAACACCGAUACCGCCCAGAACCAAAGUGAGAUUGGUUCCAGAAGGCAGAAAUAUGACCUUCAGAUGUGGAAAAAAGAUUAUCCAUAAGAAAGGCAAAGUGUACUGGUACAAAGACAACGAGCUCCUGGAAUACUCCUAUCCUGGAUACCUGUCCCUCAACGAAGACCACAUGAGUAUAAUCGCAAAUGCCAUCAAUGAAGGUCUCUAUACCUGCAUAGUAAAGAAGAGGGAUCGAGUGCUGACCACCUACUCAUGGAAUAUAAGAGUACAAAUGUGAGGAAACCAAUAGUGACAUAAGAUUUUGGACAGCAUGGGACCAAGGGUUUGACUGACUGUACGCACACACCACCGUCUCUCCACACUAGCCAUUUUGCUAGGUUGUUUAGUCAACUUCUCAAUGCUUCGGUGAUGAUGCAUUACAUUUCUGUCUACUAAGGGGUAUCUUUACAUUUUGAGCUUUGCACAUAUUACCCCUUACAAAAGUUACAAUUGCUAGGGAAAUACAAAACCCCUAUAACUGGGGUGGAUUGAUGAAAUAUUGUCGACAUUGCCGUAGACCAGCGGAAGGUAAAGCUGUGUGCUUUGUGCUAUAGUGGACAGCUGGUUUCACGACUCUCAACCCCCGAGACGCUCUUAGGUUUCAAUGCUCCACAAGAACCAAGAUACAAAUUCCCUAAACCUGCGGUAAAAUAACGUAGAAUGUAUUUGGACUUUAAGCAUCAUGAACAUGGACACAAUAAGGCAAAACACCAUCAUGUGCCUCCUCUUUUGUAGAACACAAGAGCAAAAAAGAAAAACAAUUGCGCUCUGCAAAAAUAACAACGUGUAGCAAAAUUAGCAUCCUCAUCAAUACUCACAUCUUUACUGGCUGGAAUGGCAUAGGUUAAAAGGAUUUUCCUUGCCCAUGCUCAGGAUAGGUCAUCAAUGUCAGAUUGGUGGGGUGCAGAGAACGGGAAUGCUAGGGCAAACUCAGCACUGUCACUACACAAUGUUUAGAGCCGUGUGU